AUGGAUGAUUUGGCUCUGCUCGACCUGUUGGAGUGCCCGGUGUGCUUUGAAAAGCUCGACGCCACAGCAAAGGUGCUGCCGUGCCAGCACACUUUCUGCAAGCCUUGUCUGCAGAGGAUCCUGAAAUCCCAGAAGGAGCUCCGGUGCCCUGAGUGCAGGACGCUCGUCCUCUGUGGCAUCGAGCAGCUCCCGUCCAACCUGCUGCUCAUUCGCCUGCUGGAUGGAGUCAGAUACGGACAGAAUGUUCCCCGGUUCGGCUCAAUGCAGAGGUCGGGGCUCCUGUCCUCCCCCGCCUCCAUCCGGAGGCUCCCGCGGGGUCUGCAGCUCCACCAGCACCGGCUGGCGACCAGCCCCAGGAUCCACAUGGAUGGGGUUCCACGAGCCAAGGCAUUGUACACCUACCGAGGGCACAAUCCCGGCGAGCUGAGGUUCAACAAAGGGGACAUCAUCAUGCUGCUCCGACAGCUGGAUGAGAACUGGUACCUGGGUGAGGCCAACGGGAUCAGCGGUGUUUUCCCAGCCAGCUCUGUACAAGUCAUCAAGCACCUGCCCCUGCCACCACCCCUCUGCAGAGCACUUUACAACUUUGACCUGAGAAGCAGGGACAAAAGUGAAAACAAAGAGUGCCUGACAUUUCACAAGGGUGAUAUCAUCACCGUCAUCAGCAGAGUUGAUGGAAACUGGGCAGAGGGCAAGUUAGGCGACAAAGUAGGGAUCUUCCCUGUCCUGUUCGUGGAGCCCAACACGACGGCCAGGCAGCUCCUGCAGACCAGCAAGAGCCACUGGCCGCCCCCGUUUAAGUGUGCGUCGCUGCGAACGGCCUCUCCCAAAGCGAAGGGCAGGGAGCCGCCCGCGCUCCACAAGGCGCCCGACUCCCGGCGGAAGAGUCUGCGGCCAUUCUCCAUCACCACCGCCCUCAACACCCUGAACCGUAUGGUGCACGCGCCCACCGACCGGCCGGCGCUGGAGAUCAGCUCCCCGGUGCUCAUCAGCUCCAGCAACCCCAGCGUGGCCGCCCCCAGCAGCGAGCAGGCGGACGCCCCCCAGGGCUCCCCUGCCCAGGUCAGUGCAUCUUACUACCCCACUUCGGGAUCGCUGGGGCACUCAGCAGCCAUUGUCACUCUUCCCCACCUGCAGCACCACCUAUCAGCCAACAUGAAACCCAGCCUCUCCGACUCGAAGCUGCCUUCCCUGUAUGCCUCGUGGACGCUGUCGACCGCCUCGCUCUCUUCCCAGGGGAGCAUCUCGGAGAGCGGCCAGCGGCAGAGCCGGCCGCUGAAGGUGGCUGCGCUGCCCGUACCCGUGCCCUCACCCGGCAGGACCGUGGCCGCGCUGGGGGGCACGGGGCAGGCGUCGCUGCGGCGCGGCCGCGGCAGCACCAGGAAGAAUGGGUCCCUGCAGAGGCCGGGGCAGCCAGGGGGCCCCGCGCAGGCUGCCGGCUCCCUGCGGCGUCCUCCCACGGCCACGGUGCGACCUCAGCAGUUUCAGCUCUAUCAGCACAUCAGCGCUCAGCCGCACAGCAUCCCUCCUGCAGCUGGCGUGGCUGAGGCAGGAAUGAGGCCAAACUUCUCCCACGAUGCUUCACCAGUGCUUGUGGUCAGAGGAGGGGAAAGCAGAACUCCUUCUGUCUGUAGCUCAGUGGUCCUGGAUGCCAAAGACGCUCCAGCAAAGAGUGAGCCAGCCCCAAAGCCGCCUGCGUCAGCUCCACCGUCCAUCCUGGUGAAACCAGACACCUCCCGGAACAGCACCGAAAAGCAGGUGAAGACGGUGAGGUUCCAGAACCACAGCCCCCCGCCGCCCAAGCGGCACAGCCUGCAGCCCUCCCCACGCCUGCCCCGCAGCAGGACGGAGCCGGCACCCAUGGUGGAGCCCCCGCUGCCCGAGGGGAGCCCACCGGGCCCCGAGCUGCCAGCGCUGCCCUCGCCCCGGCUCGGCGCCAGCCCCCUGCACCCACGCAGGGCGCUGCACCCGAAGGCGGCAUCGCUGGACCUCUCGAGCCAGCUGACCUUCCCCAUCAGAAAGAGCUACAGCAGCGUCUCUGCAAACUGA